AUACCAAAUACUGCUUUAGCCAACACAUGAUGAAGGCCACUGGAGAGAGUGUGUCUGUCACCAAACGUUGUGUGCCCUUAGAGGAUUGUCUCUCCACUGGAUGCACUUACAUCAAGCAUGAAGAAUACAAGAUCUGCACCUCCUGCUGUGAAGGAAGCAUCUGCAACUUGCCCCUGCCCAGGAACACAACGGAGGCCGUGUUCACCACCCUCUCCCCCCUCAACAGGACACAGAGCCUCUCACAGCCCGCGCUGCUGGCGGCCGCGUGUCUCUGGCUGGGGCUGAUGUCACAGCGUUGGGUCACGGGCCUGGGCAGCUGA